AUGCCCGAUAACCUAGCGCGCGAUAAGGAGAACCAGUCCGUUACUUCUGCUGCCUUGCGACAACCUUCUCUCUCACGCGCUCACACACAAACACAAACAAUGAACUUCGCUCCCUACCAGGACGAGUCCCCCGAGAUCGAGCGGGCUCUGUCCCCUCCCCACGGCGACGGCGCCAAGUCGCCCAACGGCCGCGCAUCGGCAGACCUGCCGCCUCCCAGUCACUUCGCCGCCGGAACCGGGCACACGGGGUUCGGACGCGAUGUCGAAGGUGGCCAUGUCAGCUUGGGGGCGUUUGAGACUAGUCUCCCCAUUCGCAUGGAUGUUGAGGCCAUGCUGGCGUAUCUGCUGCUGCCUCCGGCCGGAGGCGUGUUCUUGCUGUUGACGGAGCAUAAGAGUGAUUAUGUGCGGUAUGUACCUGUGUUGGAGGAGGAGGAAGGGGAGCUGGAGAGAAUAUAG